AUUUACCGCUUGCCAAAAUUGGUAACGCGCCAUCAAAAUGGAGAGUCGGAGACUUUGCUGUUGUCGGCAACAGAGAGGUUUCUUCAUAUAUUCUCCUUAACAGCGAGCUUAACAGUUCAAAAUGACACUGGCAGUAGAAGAUUGCAUGUGCCCGAUAUGCAUGUGCAUAUUGGUGGAGCCAGUUACUAUGCCUUGCAAACACACACUCUGCUACCCAUGCUUCAAGCAGAAUGUUGAGGAGUCAAGUCUAGCUUGUCCGAUGUGUCGAGUUCGAAUAUCAGUUUGGGCAAGGAGGUCUUCCAAAAAUGGUACCUUGGUGAACAAAAAACUCUGGGGUCAGAUUCAGCAGCUGUUCCCAGAAAAGGUUGAAAAACGACAGAUGGGUUUAGAUGACAGCAUUGAGGAUCCAGUGUUCCAGCCAAUGAUAAGUAUUGCUGAACCAGGGGAGAUCCGCAAAGAAUAUGAAGAGCAGAUGAAAAGGCUGGAGGCGCAGAGAGAGGAAGAGAGGAGGAAGGAACAAGAGGCAAGUGAGGCCCUGAUCAGAAAGCUGGAGGAGGAGGAGAACAGGCGUAAACAGUUGGAAGUCAGGGACCGGGAACUAGCUCAGGAGAUCAGUCAAGAGGUCAACCAGAGUAACACUGGUGAUGAUUCUGUUUCCUUUGUGAGUGAAGAUGGGAUCCGUCGUCAGACUCGCAGUGUGUCCAGCUCUACCUCCUCCUGUAGUGCCUCUAGCAGCAGACCACCAUCAACCAUUAAUUCCUUGUUCCAGAAAAUGAGGGAAGCAGAAAAACUCCGAGCAGCAGAUGAAGCUAACAGAAAAACUUUGUCACCGUAUCCUUACAAAUGUCACAGUCCAACAGAGAAAUCAUCCCAACAGCAGAAAGUGAGGGAAAGUGGUACUUCACCAGGCUCUAAGUGUAGUAGUCCAACAGAAAAGUCGGCUCAGCAGCACAAAGGGAGAGAACUUUUUUCUAGAAGUUUGUCCUCGACCGGAUUGUCAUCAAGAAGCUGCACAAGUACCAGUGAAAUUGGAAACCUUGGGGAUGAUGAUAAUGAUGAGGAUCUUCCAUCAAAAUAUGUUUCUCUUGGUAUUCCUUCACUGGAGACUGCCAUAGGAAAUAUCAGUGACCGAAGUGACGUAGAAAUGUUUGACAAGGACUCUAUAGAGAGGUGUCAGAGCUCUGAAAGCAUGGACAGCAUUAGUCAGGAGAUCUCUCACUUUCGACCAAUCAGAGUGUGUCCUCUCACUCCACCACGCAAGCUUCCCAGUGGAAAGGUUGUGGAGACCCCGUUAAUUCGAACCACACCCAGAAACCUAAAUAAAACGGAAUUUGGAUCUCCUGUUCGGACUCUGUCUGAUUUGGAUGCCUCCAGUCCUAUCAUGCAGAGACGAUUAUCUGAGUUGGAGGAAGAAAGAAAAACUAAUGUUAAUAAAUUUUCCAAAUCAACCAGUACAGAAGUGAAAGAGGACACAGAGAAAUUGAAGUCGGUGACUGUGACUUGUGAUGAUAAUUUGGCAGAUAAAGGUGACUGUGAACGUUAUCACAAUGUGGAAAAUACAGCUAUAGUGAUUAAUUCGGAUAAGGACAAUCUGGACGAGGACAGAAUCCUGGAAAGGAAAGGAGUUACUGAAAAUCAGAAAAAGAAAUCCAGUGUGGACAGACACAGACCGAAAAGACUUGUCAUUCCAUUGGAACCUACAUUUGAUGAUGGUGAUUUUGACAUUCCACCUUUGAAGGAAAACAACCCUAAAAGUAUCAAUAGUGAAACGCUAAUAGUCUCUACAAAACAAUCACCUGUUCUGACAAAGAGCAAAAGUGAACAGAAUACUAGUGUGCAAAGAAAAUCAAGAAAAAUUUCUGGGAAAUCAAGAAUGGCAUUCAGUAGCCCACAAAGGACAAUCACAGACUGGAUUAAAAAUUCAACAGGAUGCAGUGGACAGAGUGCAUAUCAGUUGGAGGCUGGUUGUCGAGAUGAUGUGGAUGGAGAACCAAUUUAUAAAAUGACGCAAAGUGAAGCGGUCAGUGUUUCCCAAUCUAGCAGUGCUCCAGCAAGAAAGGAAAGGAAAAAAUGCAAAGUGGUCAAGACGUAUCCUAAGCGUGAGCGAAAACGGUACAAUCCAGACCCCAUGUGGACAUUUGUAAGUGAAAUACACAAGGGUCAGUACAUUGACAUUGAUGAAAGUUCUAAGGACAGCAGUGCUAUCAGAGUUCUGGAGGAGGAGAACGAUAAACCAAUAGUGGACCAGAAAUCUCGGACAAAGAAAAGAACAGCAACUUCAUUUAGUGACGCUAAGCCCAAUAAAAGGAGGAAAGUUACAGAAAUGUGUUCUGCUAGCUCAAGGCUCAAACAGACUGCCACCAAAGCCAAGCUGAAGGCUGUACAACAUUCACAUGCCAAAAAGUCCAUCCUCAACUUUUGUUCCGAGUCGAAUUUGAAACGAGUGAAGGAUGCAAUAAAAAGUGACCAUGAAGUAAAGGAAGAGGAUGAUUUUAGAGCGAGUGAUAUUUUUGACAGAGAAAUGCAGGAAAUAAUGGAUAGAAAACUGGCAGAAGAACUUUCCAAGCAGUUUGAAAUGGAGGCGAAAACUGGUUUUCAGUUCUUCAAAUUAAAGGGAACUCCAGAAGAGUACAACUUCAGGAGAAGACCAAAGAUGUCUAGUUAAAUUCCUCAUAAAAACGGCAAAUAUACCUGCAAAUAACAUACUGUCUUCAUCUAUAAUUUAAAAUAGCAGUGCCUUAAGGAACCUUUAUGCAUUGGUUUCAAUAAGCAGGCUGGUAAGAAUUGGAAAGGGUGGCUUUUGGUAAUUGCAUUGAGCUCAGCUUACCUACCGUGUAUCAGGUAUUUUUGGCGUUCUGGAAAUAUUAGUUAUUUUUUUGGUGGAUGCAGAAAAUUCAUCAAAAAGAAAAGUGCCAAAAUUUAUAUCCGUAUAAAUGAUACACUAGUUAAAUGAGAAUGUGUCACAAAAUGAAGCUCUAAAAUUUCAAACUACAUAUUUGAGGAAAAUCUGCUAAAUAUUCUUGACUCCAAUUACUCGAUGUAUAGUACAAGGUGAAUAAUAUAUUGAUGUCCGAACUUCAACAUUUCAUUUUUCUUUGCAAUAUUUCAUUUUUCUCUGCAAUGUCUUGAGCACUGUUCAUGCUGAUUGGUUUAUUGAUAAAUUGGUUCGAUUUUGAUGUUUUCUAAAUCAGUAUAAUUGAAUUAAUUGUAUCAAGAGAUUAAUCAGGUUCUGUAUAUAAAAUAUUUUUGUGUGAUGUACUGUGGAUAAGUGGAAUAGGCUAAGCUCUGGAAUACUGCCAUUGGUGUAUAUACAGUAAAACAUGCUUAUACGGAAACACUGGAGAAGAAAGAUGUCAAUUUAUUAUAAAUAUCUAGUCCAUUCUUUGAUCCAGUAAGUUAAUGCACUACCCACCAUAAAUAAGUAUACGCAUAAGCUUUUUACACAUUUUGGUAUGAAAUAUAUUCAAUACAAUGAAAAAGAGCUGAAUUCACUGUGUAUAACUUCCAAUUUAUAACAGUAAAAUAAUCAGUUAAGGGUACAAUUUCAAUAUAUCUGAAACAAUUAAUGAAAAUUCAAUAUUUUUGGCAUAUUCUGUUAAAUUGUAAUAUUGAUUUAUUUAAAGUGAAAAUCAAAGGAUCUUCAUAAAAAUACAUAUCAAAUACACAAUAUGUACUAGUAAUUAAUUUGAAACAGUUUCUAGUUAAGGUUUGCAUAUCUCUUUUUAGAGAAUUCAGAAAAUCAAUUAUUUUAACCAAAAAUAAGGAUAUAAAAAGUUAAAAGCCUAACGUCGUCUAUUUAUAUGCAAGAGUUAUGUAUUGUGCAUCAAAAGAUCUCUAUGAUGUAACUCAUUUUUUCAUGCAUGAGAAACUUAUUUUGGUAAGUGUUUACUUAUUUAUGGUGGGAAGUGUAUACAAGGAAUGAAUCCAUUAAAGUGUGAAUUCAUUAUAAGUGUGUCCGCUGUAACAAUUUAACUGUAGUAUAGAUUAUUGCAUGCAAUAUCAAAAAAAAGCCAUAAUACGAUCUAUAACACUUCAUGCUGGCAUACUUUUCAUGAAGCGCGUUAAAGUGUUCAGUCUGUGAACAUGUAUUUUCAAAAAUAAAGGUUUUUUUUUAAUUUUAGAUAUUUACAUUCAGUUUGAAUUCCUAGCCAUAAAAUUUAACAAGAUUCCUAAGGACGUUCACAAUUACAAUGCAUUCAUAAGAAAAUGGCUAUCAUUACACAAUUUGUCAAGAUAUCAAAGAUAAGAAUAUUGAAACUUCAAAGAUGAGAGAAGAAUAUUGAAAGAUGAUAUUGGGAGUGUUUAUGGCAAAGGAAACUGUUGAAACUUAUGGAGAAGGCUUCAUAAGUAGCCUCUCGAAUGUACAGUAAAUCCAAAGAUUGUCGGAAAGAUCUAGAAUUGUAUAUUUUUGUAUUAUAAGCAGAUAUUAUACUUAUAUUUCUGGCUAUUUUGUAAAAGUGGUUAUUUACGUGUGGGGGAAAUUUACACUAAUUACGCAAUCAUAUAACAAGCCGGUAAAUUUCCCCCACGUUUAAUGUUGGAUGUGGAAAAAUGCGUACUUAACACCCAGUGUAAAUGACCACUUUUACAGUAAUUAAAAGGGCAUAAAACAGUAUAUGUUAUGAUAUGAAUGUUUAAUCAAUUCAAACUGAUGUUAUUAUUGUUAUAAUUUUUUUUACUAAGAAUCAAUUGUGUAUUUCAACAACUGAAAUAAUGUUAUGCAACUUUGAUAAGUUUGCGUUUUAUUUUGUAAAUACCUGUACAUGAACAAAAAAUCCCAAUUGUGAAAAUACUAAGCAAAAUUGUAUUACAUGUACUGCUUCUCUGAGCAACAAGAUUGCAUUAAGUUGUGUACAUUUGUUUUUAACAUACAUUGGACAGUUACAUUGUAACAGGCGUAUAAUGUUAUAUAUGUAUUGUUUUGUCUGAGAACGUGUUAUUAAAAUGCUAUGAAAUGUGUGUUCCAGUUGUAAAUGACAGUAUUUUCAAAAGUGUGUCCCAUUGACUCUUGUUGUUGUGUACAAUUUUGUGCAUGACUUCUGUAAUCAGUAGCAAUUAAGAAUUAUUGUAGAAUUGCUCAUUUUCCAGAGAGUUACUGCUGAACUUUUGUCAAAUUCUUUGAGUGUUCCAAUUUUUAUUUUCCAUGGGAAAGAAAGAUAACUCUUGCUUCCUUUCCCUCCAAUGUUUCUUGGUUCACACGAGUCUCAGACUUUUAAUUGUGUGAUUUUGUCUUGUAUCUGAUUAUCUUCAGCAUCUUCUCCAGAACUAUUUUACCAAUUUCUACUAAAUGUGCCGCAACAAUGCUGUAUCCAAGAGUAGAUGAUUAAGAAAUAGUCUAAAUAAGGUAUUCCAUGUAUAAUGAAAGGAUAACGAGCAAUUUUGAACGAUUUAGAUCAAUAUAAAAGUUUAUUGUUAAAUAAUGAUGAAAGUGAAGCAGAUGAAAUUCACAUGAUUGGUAAAUGAUUAGAAGCUGACCUUUUUGCACUUAAGACUUUUUGGAAGAUUUGUCUGCCCUUUGUAAAAAUAAGAAAAAUCUAAUUUUCUAAAAAUGUGUGUGGCCAAUGAUUAAUUUUAUUUCAUAUUUUCUUAAAAAGAAAGUGUAUGUAACCUUCUACCAAUAGAUAAGUAUGAAAAUAUAAUUUGUUUUUAAAAUAUUGUAAUAAAACAUGCUUUUCCCAUAUACUUCAAUGUUAAAUUCUAGGUGAAAUAAAUCAAGCAGUAAACAAAAUUUUGAAAAUUCCUAUUGUGGAUUAUUUUUAUUUGAUGAACCCUUCAAAAUGAUACCAUGAUUACAAAUAUUCCACCAUCCAUUUAUGAGAUAUGUUCAUUAUACAUUGAAUACCUUAAGGCAAGAUGUGAGAAAUGUUAACCUGUGUAAGUAUUUUAGAGGUGUUAAGUAUAGGAGUAUAAGUUGCUAUAGCCAUGCUUAUUUUUUUAGGCUGUCAGAUAUGCUUAUUAUAUUCAAUUUUUACAAAGUUCUGUUAUAUUUAUUUCGCCCCUAAGGCUUCAGAAAUGUAGAAGAUCAAGCUAAAUGAAAUAAAUAAAAUAAAAAAAAUGACAUGUAGGGGACUACAAUUUGUUGAAACAAGUAAACAGACAUCCUCAUAUAGUUAUGGUUCACAGCGUCUUUUAGAACUAGAUAAAUUAACCUAUGAAAGAUUGGUAUAAUUGAAAUAUGAUCAAUUUCAAAAUGUUAUUUUACUUUUAGCCAGUAAAAAAAAAAAAAAGACUAGUUUUUAUGCUAUACAGAAAGAAGAUCUUCAUAUUGUGUAUGGCUUGUCUAUCUGUAGUUACACUUAUGUCAGCUCAAGGUCAAAUUAUAAAAAUUGUCGGGACUCUUGAAUCAAUGUAAAUGAAGGUCAUCAUUUUAUUAGGUCACUGUCCAGCUGUGCUUCCCGAUGUAGAAUUUGAUCCUGGUCACUUUGAUGGGCAGUUUGCACAGAUAAAUCCUCUUUUCUCUGUAACAUUUCUGUGACAUUUGUUGAACUCCUUCAUUUCAACCAUGUGAUAAUCCUUUCUUGUAUUUAUUAUUGAGCAUGUUUCAACAGUGAGUACCUUUAUGAAGAAGAACAUCUCACAAGCAAUUAAUCCAUGCUAGGUCCAGCUGUAGGUAUUUCCUGUAUGUGUGUAGUCGGCACUCAGAUCUACAAACAACUUAUAAAGCCAUUCCUGUGUUCUUGUUACUGAGAUGUAGACUGAUUUAUACUGUUGAUUUGUACAUGCAUUGUACAGAUGUAUUGUUACGCGUUUAAAUUGUUGCCAUAUUUUGUAAUGAUGAAUAAAAUGAUGCUUAAACAA